AUGAUUCAACCCUCGCAUAAGCAACGCAUCGAUGCUUCUCAACUCACCGCUAGAAGAGCGCAAUGGGUCUCCGGCCAGUUUCCUGUCGAAUUGUUCGAACUCAUCAACCAAUACCUUUCACGCGACGACAUCAAAUCGAUGCGCCUGGUCAGCAAGGAGUUCGAGCGCGGUGUCUCGGGCUCUCUGUUUGACACCGUCGUUGUCCCCUUCAACACAGAACUAUACGAGAUGAUCGAACAGAAGGUCUAUCGCGGCCACGGUCUCAAGGUCUUUGAAGGCUUUGGCCAUCACAUUCGUCGCUUCGGCAUGAGCUUUGAGAUCAAGGAAGACGCCCUUCAAAACCCACCCAAGAAGAACAGACUUGACAGCCAUGAGAGCUACUUUGGCUCGUACGAAUGGCCAUCAAAGGAGUAUACGCGUUAUGAACUGCUCGCCGGUCUUGAGCGCACAGCAGACGAAACUUCACAGAUGAAGUCGGCCUUUUCACACUUGUCAGUGGUCCAGCAGCUUGCACUUUCCAUGGAUAGCGGCCUUGGAUGGAUGAAUGGUCCCGACAAGUCACUGCGCAGCAUGAUCCUGCAGCGACCCUCUCCACUCUUUGGUUGUUCGCACGGCAUAGUGGACGCACAACAACAAGAGCGUAUCAGAUUAUGGGAGGCUAUCGAGUCUGCACACGACAGAUUGGGCGCUCUAGAGGAUUUGAAGGAGGGCACUCAGAGACGGGAAUUCUCAAGAAGACUCGAUAAGUUUAAUCCUGCCAGCUUGGGUGUUCAUCAAAAGGAAUGGCUCUUGGAGGCUGAAUGGGCACAAAGAGCAUUCCUCACGACAUAUAUGCUUGGCGUUGUGGACAACAGCUCAGUGUUUGGCAAGGUGUCGGUGCUCAACUUCCGUGUCUCCAGCCAUCUGGUACCAUUGCUGUCUCGUCAGGAUUUCUGGACCGCUCUCCCAAAGUUGCAAGAGGUCACACUUGCCGUCAUCCCUGACUGGCGCACUGUUGAGAGAGACGAGGCUGGCAUCGUUGAGACGAAGGACGUUGAUCCAUCGGCCUCUGUCGACAAGAUAUUCAGUUUGCUUCAAGACUUCAUCGGAGUCAGACUGAACGUCACCAAACUCAACUUUUCUUGGGCCGCAGGUGGAGAGCACGCUGAGGGUAUCUUUGCUCGUAAUCACCACAUCUUGCCUGCUCCGGUCACCACCAUUGCUCGCUCGACGACUACUACAUUGAAGGACGAUGAACUAAUCAGCCUGCCACACAUCAAGGAUCUUACUUUCUCCAAUUGCUGGUUUACACCAGUCUCUAUCGUGGCAAUGGUCAAGAAGCUGCGCAAGAAGACCCUCAAGAAGAUCAAAUUUGAUUCUGUCUCGCUUACUGCUAUGCCUCGCGCCGCUAAUGUCGGGCAGCCUGCAGUCCAAGCCGCUCCUGCACCUCCGCCUAGCAACAGACCUUGGUAUGAAGGACACCGCGCGGGCUCUUGGGUCAAGGUGAUCGAUAAGAUAAGUCCGGGACCCAGACUCGAAAUGUACUCACCUCGUGAUGAGUUUCAACCUGCACCUGAGCCACGCAAGAAGGGCCUCGUAUCGGCUGAGUUCAAGUCAUGUGGCUAUGUACAGCUUCGUUCUCCGACGUUCGGCGAUCAGAGCAACCUUGAAGCACCUGCUUCGUACCGGAUGAGCCGCCACUUUAUGCGUCGCCAGAGCCUUCUAUCGCCAGCCAUGCUCACUACUCAAGACAAGCUCCUUGGCACAAUUGUGCAAUACAUGUCUGAGCAUGACACAGAUGCGCUUCACCACGCAUGGGGCAUGACAAUGGGCUGGAGUGACGUAAAGCUCGCCGAAGAGGCUGAGUAUGAUGGCUAUCUCGCCGGAGGCACUGGCCGAUUCUCAGGAAGUGUGACCAAGAACUCAGUCAUCCAGGAGGCAUAUUCUGCUCAGCACUGA